ACAUCUCAUGCUAAUGUAAACAAAUAUUAUAUUCCUAGAUUUAUAUUUAAAAGAUGUUUAUCAGAUAGUGUUCUUCUGCUGAUGAGACUAACAUCUUGAAAUAAAUAUUUAUCUAAAUGUCCAUAGUCGAGUAUUAACGAGAGUGGGAUAUCGUUAAUGCAUUUUAUUUGAUUAUAAUACGGCCUGCGUGUCGUGCCUUAUCUCAUAAACUCUUGUUGUAAAUCUAUUUCUCUCCCUUACCUCAACCGAGGAUUCUUUUCUUACGUGGUGGUUAGAAGACGAAAAGAUUUGAAGACCGUUUGAAGAAAUCUAAAAGAAUGGAGAUAGCCCGAAGUCCAAGUGACCGGAAGCCAGUGGGAGCUAUCGUUUUAUUUUUCUUUUAGGGGCCACAAUCAUUACACGUUUAUUUACUGCAUUUUGUGAAUGCAUGUUGAAUAUGGCAAACAACAACAACCCUUUCAACCUGCGAUAUGUUCUAGAAAAGGAAAAAUUAUCUAGAACCAACUUUCUUGAUUGGGAGAUGAAUCUUAAGAUUGUUCUCGAAUGCGAGAAAAAGCUCUACGUCCUUACCUCUGAGCCUCCCAAAGCUCCUGAAGCAAACACUCGUGCUGCAGGAAUUACUUCGUACAAGAAUAAGCUGGCAACGGGUAACCCAGUUGGUCCCCACGUUCUCAAGAUGAUCGGUCAGAUCGAAACUCUUGAAAAACUGGACGCCCCGUUGCACCCUAUGCUGGCAACUGAUCUCAUCUUGGGAUCAUUACCAGCUAAGUAUAGUCAAACUGUAGUGAACUUCUACAUGAACAAACUAGAGAUGACUAUGCCUGAGCUACUGAAAUUCCUCACAACUGCUGAGGAGAGUCUAGGGAAGGGCAAGGGUAAGUCUGUCCUGAUGGUAGAGGGCAGUACUAUUGCGAAGAAGAGUGGGCCACGUUCGCCGGCCGGGACCAAGCGCAAGGGUUCUAAGAAACCCAAGCCAGCGUCCAACUCCUCUUCGUUGAAACCCAAAGAAGGAGCUAAGAAGAAGUCUGCUGUAUGCUAUUAUUGUGGCAAAAAGGGCCACUGGAGGCGCAACUGCGCAAAAUUACUGGCAGAGAGGAAAGAGGGAAAGAAACCUCAAACCUCAGGUAUCUUCGUUAUUGAAGUCAAUAUGUCUGAUAUCACCUCUUGGGUGAUGGAUACUGGAUGUGGUUCUCACAUCUGUACUUCUAUGCAGGAUCUGCAUGAACGUAGACAAUUGACGGAGGGAGAGAUACAACUAAAAGUCGGCAAUGGCGCACUCGUAAAUGCAUUAGCCGUCGGAACCUAUAGUUUAUCUCUACCUAGUGGUCUUGUAUUGCAGUUAAAUAAUUGUCUGUUUGUACCCAGUAUGAGCAGAAACAUCAUUUCUGUAUCCUGCCUUGACAAAGCAGGAUUUUCAGAGAGAAAGUGAUUAUUUGGGGUUCCAAUAAUAUCAUUUUGUGUAUAGAAAAUAUCUAUAAUAUUUUCUAAAUAUUAUUAGAAAUAUUUUCUAUAGAAAUAUAUAAGAUUAUUAUUAUCCCAAUUUUAAUCUUUAUAUUUUAUACUACUAUAAUCUUUACUAGCAUAAAGAUUGUGGUAGACUCCGGCGUUGUUCGUGUGUCAAAGUUGGAGACCGGACGCUUGAACGGUUACGUUUGCACUUUCAACGCUCUUCCUACGACUUCUUUGUUUUUACCGCUUACGGAGAAAGGAACAAGAAAAAGAAAAGAAAACUCCAACUCCAUGGUAGUAUGUUAAGGAAGAAUAAGAAAGAGUAAGAAAACCAUCCAAACUUUCCAAAUCCCGAAACCAAAACACAUCAGUCCACUUUGAGGUAAAAACUGAAAUUUUCCAUCCAUUAUUUCGAAAUAUUUCUUGAACCAAAAGUGUAGCCCCGGACGAUACGAAUCCAGCCCAACAAACGGCUCGCGAUUUUGUUGAGUAACGAAGAAGAUAUGGCCAAAAUACCGGGAUUGCAGCAGUGGUGGCGAGCUCCUCAGGUUGGCAUAUGUUUCUUCACCAAAUUCAUAUUGUUUCAUUCCAAGAACUCACCAUAAACUCUAUAACAAUUAUUAGGAACAUCCGGAAGGUAUCGUAGAGAAGGUUCGGUGUUGGAAUAUUGAAGUUAAUGGGUUAAUCAUCGGAAUCGUUGUUCACCGGAGUAUUUAAAAAUCCUGGACAGCAACUUUCCCCUAACUUCAGGUCCGAUUUACGCUACUUUGGAUUCAUUAUCUCAAAAUACUUUCUAUACGAAAGUUAUAGCCUUACAUCUUAGCAAUCAAUAAGAUUAAACGGUUUGCGAUUCCGUGAAGACACGAUGGAGAUAUGCCCAAAACAAGGCAGGCUGUCCGAUUGUGACGAGAAUGACAAAGUUGGUGAAUUCCGUUGUUGUUUCCACUACCGAUCAUCCGUAAGGUUUCGACCGAUGAUUUCCAGGUCUGUACCUUUGCGUUAGACUUGUCGAAUCAUUCAUCACAUACAUACAUGAACAUAUAUGUUAAUCCAUAUGUUGAAACUAUCUCUAAAAUGUAUAUGUGAUACUUAUAUAUGUCAUCUAUGUGUUAAGACCAAAAUACACCAAAUCCAUAAAG